AUGUGCUGCCCAUAGAUGGGACCAUGGCAAACAAUUUCUCGGCUGUGACACCGGUAAUGACCGUGCACCUAGACACCGAGGAAGACUUCCUAAAGCCCGUCACUGUCACCCUGCCCUGGACAUGGAAAAGCACCUGUGACCUGGGCAGAACCAUCCUGAUGAAAAGGUCCACUGGUGACAAUGAUGAGUGGACGGCAUUAAGCACCGAUGCUCGAGAAACCAAGGACACGAUCACCUUCACAAUGUGUCACUUUUGCAGCGUUGUCGGUGCCAAGAAAAAAGACAACUCUGAAGAAGCCUCCACCUCUGCUGAUACAAGUACAGAAAAGCAGGACGAGGCGGCCAAUCAAGAGGCAACUGAAGCUAUAGAAGUCCUUGUAACAAGGUACAGUGACGACAAAGUGCAUCUCAUUAUCAGUCCCAAUGAAGCAACGACAGACGACAAGCGCAUUCACCUGCUGUGUAUCGAGAAGGGCAAAAAGUCACGGAGUAUUUCAGAGCAGAUAACUUUUAAGACACCACCGCCGUUCCGACAAGAGGUCACCAUGGACAAGAAGGAGAGAAUCCGUGCGCGGUUUGGUGAGGAAGAAGACGUCAUUGGAGAUCCACGUGACAUUCCGCCGGAGCCGCCCGGUAUUCAGUUCGUCUUCCCGCCGGCGAACUGUAACCGAAUCUCAGUCAGACUGAAGCUGCGAGAUCCGCAGAUAGGAAAGGGGAAGUUUGAAGGAGCAGUCCAUUUCACACUACUGUCACAAGCAGGUGAACCAGUGAGAGACCCCAUCCGUCGGAUAAAUUCAGCCCAUGUCUACCUGCACUCUCUGCAAGAUGAGGGGAAGACAAGUCAGGUUCAGCAGAAGGAAGGCACUGUGGUCACCAUGACCAAGGCGUCCCAGAUACAACAUGAGAAAGGUGUAAAGAGGAAAGCCAAAACUCGGCAUGUUAGCGAGUCCAGCGACAGUGGCCCCCCGGUAAAACGUCCGAAGCAAGAGUUCACGUCUGUUCUGAUGGUUAACGAUAAGUACGGCACGUCCCAUGGAGGUACUUCUACCACGAAUCGUCGGGUGGCGCAGUUUCUGAAACAUCAUGGUGCUACAGUUCAUGCUACAGCUGUGCAAGCAUCUGAAGAAGACAAGAGGUGCGCCGCAGAGGACGGUGUCAUUCUGCAUCUGCCUGUACAAAGAGCAAGGAAGAAGAAAACACCGUCUUUGGAAUGGUUAACCGACUACCACAGCUUCCACUACCCAGAUAUACCAACAGAUCUGAAGUGCAUUGUGGGCCAUGCAGAUAUCACAAUUGGAGCUGCAAAGAGCAUUCAAGAGAACCGCUGUGAACGGGCUAAACUAGUCAUUUUCAACCACGACAUGCCAGAAGAGACGGAGUACUACAUGGGGACUAAGAAAGCGAUGGCCGCGGGGAGGAAGAUGGAAGACAUCCUCGAAGAUACAAAGAAUGCAGAUGCCGUGUUCUCAUUGGGAAGAAGAAUCUACGACUACUUCGAGACGAAGUACAGGUCACUGGGAGGAGGCAAACCAAGACAACACUUCUUGUUUCUUCCAAGACCAUCUCCAGUGUUUGCAGCCAUCUCUGUCAUACCAGGAGGAGGAGAGAAAGUCGUGCUGACUGUCGGGAGAGUGACCGAAGUGGACAAGCUGAAGGGCCAUGACCUGGUAGCACGGGCCUUGGGGGAGGUUGCAGAGAAGAUCACAAACGUCAGAUUGUGUGUUCGCGGAAUAGAUGAAGAUGACUGGGAAGCGAGCAAGAGAAUCCUGGAGGAGAACCUGCACAGUGGUAAGAUCAAACCCACCCUGCUGCCAUGUGGAACCCAGGAGGACAUCGCUAAGGACAUGCAGCAGGCCCACCUGGUCCUGAUGCCGUCCCGUGCCGAGCCGUUCGGACUGAUCGGUCUGGAGGCCAUCGCAGCAGGCAUCCCUGUACUCAUCUCUGACAAGUCAGGCCUAGCAGACAUGAUCAUAAACUUGGUCAGGGAGAGGAAGUGCCCUCCAGACAUGAGGCACAGGAUCGUGAAAACCAGCGUGAGGGAGUCCGACCUGGGUGAAGAUGCAAAAAAAUGGGCAGAGAGGAUCGCAGACACCUUGGAAUUCUCUGAGUUAGAAUUUGACAGAGCAGCAGAGUACAAGAAUAAGCUUCUUGAGUCCAAGUAUUGGGAAGAGUCGCACCAAAGCCUGCUGAGGGUCUGUGGAUUGACGGACUGAGUCUAGAUCGCGCCCUUUUACCCACGUGUCAGAUUCCUAAUCGCUGAUCCUGACGCAC